AUGCAAAAAAAAAUAGAUGAAGGUUUUGCCGCUUUGGAAAUCAUGAUUACAGAAAAGGGGAACAGUGUGACGAGUGAAGACAUCACAAAUUUGACGAUUGAUCCAUCAUGCUUUGAUGAUGAUGAUGAUUGCUGUGACGGCGAUGGUCUCAAUGUAAAAUUCACGAAUAAUAAGAUCAGGAAACGAAAAUACAUUGGAGAUAUGGUCGCUAUAAAACAAAUGCCUGAUAUUGACGUGCAAAUAGAAAAAUUUGCCAAACAAACAAAAAUAAUUAGUUUGCUAGGAAGCUACGGUAUAUACGUCGAAAAUGUGGAUGAAACAGACUAUCUUUUUGUAGUUACUGAAUGGAUGGAAAACGGAAAUCUCCAGGAAUAUUUGUCCAAAAACAAUGCAAUUCCGUGGAAGACUAAGUUCAAAAUUGCAGAACAAAUCGCCAGAGGUCUUUGUUUUUGUAGCAGUGUAGGAAUUUUUCAUCGAGUUGUUAGAAGGUAUAAAACUCUCCAUUACUUUGCUGUUCUUCUCUGGGAAAUCUCUUCACAUCAGCUCCCGUUCGGUGACAUCGAAAGUCAUAUGAAAGCAGGUGAAAUGGCUAAAAAAGGAGAACGUCCCAGUCCGUUUUCAGAAGAUACACCGGAACAAUAUCGAAGGAUAGUCGAGGAGGCCUGGCACAAUAACCCAAUUAAACGUCCAACGAUUGAUGAAGUACGAAAGAAACUUGGAAUAAUGAGAAAAGGAGAAAAUUGUUUUCCCUCCACUGCCCCAGUUGAAACACCUGUAUCAGAUAACGCGGAAAGUGCGCCUUUCAAGUUAUUACCCAUUGAUGAAGUGAUAUUACUUGAUAAAGAGAAAAGAUACAGAGAGGCCUUUCCACAAUUCUUACAACUGGCAGAAGAUGGCAAUCCUUUGGCUUCAUAUUAUGCAGGCCUUUAUCUCUACAAUGGAACUGGCGACAUUGAAAAAGAUGAAGUUCAGGCUUUACGAUUAUUUAUGAAAUCUGCCAAUGCUGGCGAAGUACGAGGCCAGUACAUGUAUGCCUACGCCUGUCUCAAGGGAUCUUAUUACUCUAAAGAUGAAGGGCUGAAAUAUCUAAAAAAGGCCGCACUUAAGAAAAACGAUCCCGAUGCUUUAUACAUGGUUUCUCAGCUCUUUUUGAACGGAGAACAUGGUCAUCCAAUUAAUGAUAACAAAUAUAUGGAAUAUUUAAGAAAUGCAGCGGAACAUGGAUCAGCGGAGGCACGAAGUGAACUCUCAAAAAUGCCUAUUAAAAGAAUGAGUUGUUAA